UUCAUGAAAUCAGUGCUUUUGUGUGAUUCUCCAGGAGCUUGCGGAGACUAUGGUGUUUGCAAAAACGGUCAGUGCAGCUGUCCAGGAGAUGGCAAUGCUUUUAAACCGACUGAUGCCACAGAACCCAAUUCCGGAUGUGCUCCGCGCGUUCCUCUGGUGUGCUCACAGACUAGUAGGCGCCAAGGUCAUCACUUUUUGGAACUGGAGCACGUUGCCUAUUUUACUUAUCUUUAUGAAAAUGCUUCGACAUCAGGUUUGGUGUCAAGAGAUGAAUGUAAAACACUUUGCCUCGAAAACUGCUCUUGCAAAGCUGCUUUUUUCAGGUACGGGACCAAUUUUUCUAGUGGUUAUUGUUAUCUAGAGUCCAAUAUCUAUUCUAUGACAACUAUGAGUCCAGUCGAUAAGUUUUACAAUUCCACUGCUUAUAUUAAAAUCCAGUUAACGUCCAAGCGCUUUAAGUCCAUAGUUGUCAUCAUCAUUUGUGUUUCUGUGGGUGGAGCGGUAGCUCUGUUUAUCUUAUUUUGGGCAAGGAUAAAAGGGUCUCAAAAUAGAAGACAGCAGAAAGUAAAGGAUGAGGAUGCAGGUGAGGAUGAUGUUGAUUGGUCAGCAGGCUUACCGUUGCGGUUCUCAUUCCAAGAACUACAAGACGCUACAAACGGCUUUAACAUUAAGUUGGGCAGCGGAGGAUUCGGUUCAAUUUAUCAGGGUGUUCUGUCAGACGGCUCAAAGAUAGCAGUGAAGCGCCUUCACAGAGCAGGACAUGGAGAAAAGGGGUUCAGGGCAGAAGUGGAAACGCUAGGGAAAAUUGACCAUCUCAAUUUGGUAAGACUAAAGGGCUUUUGUGCAGAAAAAUUCCAUAGAAUGCUUGUAUACGAGUAUUUACCAAAUGGAUCUCUUGAUAAAAGGAUAUUUUUUAACAAGAGUCAUCCAUGUUUGCUCGACUGGAAGAGCAGAUCCAGAGUAGUUCUUGAUAUUGCGAGAGGAUUAGCAUAUUUGCAUGAAGAAUGUCAAGAACGUAUAAUACAUUUCGACAUCAAGCCUCAGAACAUUCUCCUUGACCAAAAUUUCAAUGCCAAAGUGUCAGAUUUGGGCUUGGCAAAGUUGAUUAACAGAGAGCAAAGUGAAGUGAUAACCAUGAUAGGAGGGACACCAGGGUAUAUGGCACCUGAGUUGUUGAACAUGCAUAUAACAGAGAAGGCAGAUAUAUUUAGCUUUGGCGUUAUGGUGAUAGAAAUUGUCAGCGGAAAACGAAGCAGAGAGCUUUCAGAAAACGGCUUGUUUUCAAUGUUACAAGUUAAGGCAGAGGAAGGGAGGUUAUUGGAUUUGGUCUAUCCGGGGCUUGAAAAUGAGGAAACGGGCAUAAAAGAGGAGGCAAUAAAAUUGAUAAAAGUGGGAAUGUGGUGUGUACAGGACAAUUUUACAAGGCGACCAGCGAUGUCCAUUGUGAUGAAGGCGUUGGAAGGUUUAAUAGACACCUUUAAUGAUGUUCCAUGCGCGUCACCAGGGUCAACAGUUGGUUCUUAUAGACAGACUCUCUUCUCGGCUGAGCUGUCCGUGUUAUCUGGACCUACGUAAUUUGUUUGUUUACUUAGUUUGCUCUGCAGAUUUUUCUUAUCAACGACCUACAACCAUCUCUAUUUUUUUUUCCAGUAUGUUUAAAUGUUGAAUAGGUCUUCAUAGUAUGUCUGUAAUCAGUCAUUCGCUAUCAUUAGAUAAAAUAGGCUUGUUUGGAAACUUUUGUAUGGUUACAAUCUGCCUGUAAUCAAACAAAUCGUUAUCAGCCCACGCUCAUAACAGGUCUUUCUCCUAUCAUCCUAGUUCUGUGUAUAUGGACUUCGCAUAAUUUGUCUUUAUUUAUUAGUACCGACUUAUAAGUCUAAUGUGUUCAUGUAAUCAGUUUGCUAAUAGUUCGCGCUGAGAGUUAUGCCAGCAAAAAUAGUUCGAGUUUCGAAUGUUUUUGUUAUCUUCUUUUUAACAAAUAUAUUAAAGAAGAGCUGGAAAAAGUUAGUGACUGUCAUUUUUAAGUUGGAAUGUCUCUAAAUUUAAAAAAAAUAAAUGUA